AUGACUAACGAGAAUUCUUUCUCUCUCACCCAUGACCCAUUAGUCUCUGCGCAACAAACCAAAAAAAAAAAAGAAAAAGAAGGAAAAAAGAAGAAAAAGAAAGAAAAAGGGGAAAAAGAGAGAAAAGGGGAAAGAAAAAAGAAGAGAAAAGAGGAAAAAAGGAGGAAAGAAGAAGAGAAAAAGGAGAAAAGAAAGAAAAAAAGAAAAGGAAAAAAAGAAAAAAGAGAAAAAGGAAGGGAAAAAGGGGGAAAGAAAGAGAAAAGGGGGAAGAAAAAGGAGGAGAAAAGGGGAGAAAAGGAAGGAAAAAAGAAAGAAAAAAGGGAGGAAAGAAAAGGGGAAGAAAGAGGAAGAGAAGAAAGGAAGAGAAAAAGGAGAAAAAGAAAAAAAAAGAGAAAAAGAAGGGAAAAAGAGAAAAAAGGAAGGAGAGAGAAAAGGGGAAAGAAAAAGGAGGAGAAAAGGGGAGAAAAGGAAGGAAAAAAGGAAGAAAAAAGGGAGGAAAGAAAAAAAGGAAGAAAGAGGAAGAGAAAAGGGAGAAAAGAAAGAAAAAAAGAAAAAGGAGAAAAGAAAAAAGAAAAAAAGAGAAAAAGAAGGGAAAAAGAGAAAAAAGGGGAAGGAAAGAGAAAAGGGGAAAGAAAAAGGAGGAGAAAAGGGGAGAAAAGGAAGGAAAAAAGGAAGAAAAAAAGGAGGAAAGAAAAAGGGAAGAAAAAGGAAGAGAAAAGAAAAAAGAGGAAAGAGAAAAAAAUCCUGAGUGCUUUUGACAAUAAUCAUAAUGUGAUUUCAUUAUCAUGCUUUAAAACAAAUCCUUUAUCUAAAUUGGCUUUAUUUUUAAUUCUAUGAAAU